AUGAAUAUCAACAUUCUUUCUGCAACCACGUUUAUGAUUCUUUCACUUCACGCUUCAAAUGCUGCUCAUAUAAACCCAAAUUUUACAGCUUCAUUUACUAUUGGCUUAGGAAUGACAACAUUCAAUGUAAUUAAACAACCAGUAUUGAAGUACAUAAAUCGAUCAAAUAGAUCGACUGGUCCAGUGUUAUUUAAUUUCGCAGAUCCUCAAAAUAAACCUGGCGAAUGGUAUGAAGUAUCAAAUACAAUUCGAGUUGAAGGACGAUCUGAUGCCACACUUGUACAACAUGUUACAUAUGAUAAUCAAUCAUCAAUCUUCUUCUACCCAAUCCAUCCACGACCAGAUGGAUCUGGUUCCGCUGGUGUCAAAUACAUAGUGGAUACUUGGAAUUUGUCAGAAUAUUCGGGUUUUGAGAUUGAUGUAAAUGGAAAGGGUAACAUUUCUAAAUUCAAAUUCACCAUCUAUGGCAAAUGUUCGAAAACAUUCGAAUGUCAAUCAUACGAGACGAAUUUCCAGAUUAAUGGAGGACGACAACAAGUAACAUUAACAUUUGGUACAUUUAAAGCAAACUUUCGAGCAGCACAGUAUUUUGAUUCACUGCAUUCAUUUUUAAGACAAGUAACUCGUCUCAGGAUACAAGCAUACGUUGAUCACAAUGCUCCGAAAAACGAAUUCGGUCCAGGUUCAAUUGAAAUAUACUACAUCAGAGCACACAAACUCAAACCAACUACCUACUAUUAUUGA